AUUAUGUUAUGAAAAUGUCAUAAUAAUAUAACUUGGUAUUAACAACGAUAUUUUUAUGCAAAUUCUUUUUAAAAAUACGAAUUAAAGUAAUUAGACUUUAUAAUGGCUGAUUAUUACCACGAGAUGGGAUGGAGAGAACUAGGGGAUGGUGAGCAACCUAAUCAUCUACUUCAUAUGGCCAGGUUCUUGAUUGAUUGUGGCCUAUACGAGGAUAACUUUACAGGAGAAUGGCCAAGAUUACCACCAGCUGCAUCUAAAGAUGCUGUUAAGAAUUUAAAAGAAGUUGUGAUAGAAGAACUUACUGAAAAGAACUGUCCAAUAUGCCUGAAGAAAUUUCGCAUUAAUGAGAAAGCUAAGGAAAUGCCAUGCCAGCAUUUAUUUCAUGAAAAAUGUAUUAUAACAUGGCUGAAUCAGACAAAUUCUUGUCCAUUUUGCCGUUAUGAGUUACCAACAGAUGAUGAAGGUUAUGAAGCAUUCAAAAAAGAAAAGAAGAGAGCAGAGCAAAGAAAGGAGGAUAUAGAGACUCUUCACAAUUCCAUGUUUAGUUGAUUAUGAAAUUGGUUUAUUAUUUUUAAUUAUUAAUUGUGGUAUUGGGUUCUUGUUGAUAGAAUUACAGAAAUUUUAAACCUGCCUUUUUAAUUUUAAAUGUAUACUUUCUGUUUUGUAAUAUUGCCUUCCAACAAAGCAAUUGUUCAUUACAAAAUAAUA